AUGACAUUUACAUACCGCGACGGCAUCGCUGUGCUCCAGCUGAUCGCCUUCAUCCCCGCCUUAAACCUCGCGUUGUACUUGUGCUACAAACAAGGAUUGAAAGCGGUGGCAUCAUGUUGGCGAUUCUUGCUCAUCCUAUCCUGUCUACGAAUUGCUGGUGCCGUCUGUCAGUUGCUUCUUAUCAGUCAUGCUUCGGAAGACGUCGUCGUGACCAAGAUCGUAUGCGAUCUACUAGGAAUUGCGCCACUAACAUUGGCUGCAGUUGGCCUCUUACAGAGAGUAAACGAAACGGCCAAGCAAGUCUCCCGGUAUACCUUCAUGUUUGUGAGCAUCGUCAGUAUGGUUGGUCUGAUUAUCGGUAUUGUCGGGGCGGUCCAAGCUGUCAAUGGCGCCAACUACAAAGUCACUAGCUUGCUCAAGGCCGCAUUGGCUUUGUUCAUUGUAUGCCUAGGCCUGAUGUUUCUUAUCCUGUUCUAUCUGAGCUGGGAUAUAAAGAGUCUGCCUGUCAGUGAGCAGAGGGUCAUCUACUCGUUGUACCUUUGCAGCCCAUUGUUGGUUGUUCGAAUGGUGUAUGCGGCCCUCAGCGACUAUGGCUCGGACCCACGUUUCGCACUAUUCGAUGGCAGUCCAACGGCGUACCUCUGCAUGUCAGUACUCGAGGAGAUUGUUCUUAUGAUCAUCUGCCUCAUGAUUGGGUUCAUGUACCCCCCGCCUGUGCCAGAUAGGACUGCGAACAAAUUGAUUUCUCCCGGAUCGCUUGAGGCCAGCAAGCAGUCCUGGAUGAGCUCGCUGUACCGGUAA